UUUAUUUAGCUGUAUGUAUAUACGCUUAACUACACCCAAGGGAGCUGUAGAGUUAGAAAAACAUGAACCAUUAACAGAUGUGACCUCCUUGCAGAACUUUUACUUUGAAAAAGAAGUACUCCUGAACCAGAUUCACAUGUGUGAUAUUUGGAUGCAGAGAAAAUGGGGCAGAAAGCAUCGCAACAGUUGGUUCUGAAGGACAGCAAAGAGGUGCCCAUCGUCUGUGAGGUGGUCAGUGAAGCUAUAGUCCAUGCAGCUCAGAAACUGAAGGAGUACCUUGGAUUUGAAUAUCCUCUGAGUCAACUCUGCCCAGCUGCAAAUACUCUGAAUGAGAUCUUCUUAAUCCAUUUCAUCACUUUCUGCCAGGAAAAGGGAGUUGAUGAGUUGCUGACCACCACCAAGAUGACCAAGCACCAAGCCUUCCUGUUUGGCGCAGACUGGAUUUGGACCUUUUGGGGAUCCGACAAGCAAAUAAAGCUUCAGCUGGCAGUACAGACUCUGCAGAUGUCUUCACCUCCUCCUAUGGAAUCUAAACCUUAUGACCUUUCCAAUCCAGAACCAAGGGUAGAGGAGUCUUCCUGGAAGAAAAGUAGAUUUGAUAAGCUGGAAGAAUUCUGUAACUUAAUAGGAGAGGAUUGCCUGGGUCUGUUUAUCAUCUUUGGUAUGCCAGGAAAGCCUAAAGACAUCAGGGGAGUUGUCCUGGACAGUGUCAAAAGUCAGAUGGUGAGGAGCCAUCUGCCAGGAGGGAAGGCUGUGGCUCAGUUUGUCCUGGAGACUGAAGAUUGUGUCUUCAUCAAAGAGCUGCUCAGAAACUGUCUGAGUAAGAAAGACGGGCUGAGAGAGGUGGGCCAGGUUUAUAUUAGCAUUCUCUGAUUUGGAUAUGUAUUAUGUGACUGGCCUGUAAGGGGAAAAGAAAAAAGAUUCUAAUAAGCAAGCUCAUCUAUUUGCAUCAUUCCAGCAUGGGAUUUUUUUUUCAUUUGUUUUCCCAUUGAUUGAAAAUGAUUACUGGGAUCAAAGUAUAUUAAUGUCACAAUUACAGAGGGAGAGAGAAAAAAAGAAAACUCUGGCUCUGCCUAUGAUUUAAAAACAGUUCAGGAAAAGUUAUAAUUUAGUUUAAUAUUUCAUUCACUUAUUCAAUAAUAAAAAUGGGAAGAGAGAUAAUAAAGUCACAUUUAAAGUUUGAUUUGCAAAAAAAAGUGUCUUUGUUUGAAAUAAUAAGUCUAGCACUC